AAUCCCUCCUUCCUGCCCUCCUGGCGGUGGAGGGUUUGCCUUUCAGUUCCUUCACCUAGCUGGGAUCCAAAGAGCUAACACCGCCAAGGGGGCGCGGCUAGCACCAUCUAGGGAACCGGGUGCCGGGAGUCGGGCACGGUGACCUGUCCACCCGACUAGCGGGAGAAUAGAUCCACGGACCGAAUAGAUCCACGGACCUGGAAAGAGGAUUGGAGAAGCGCCACCCCAGAGCAGACGUGAAGCUGACCCGGACUAGGGAAAGAAAUUGCCUAGGACUCCGGGCUCAGCGGCGCUGCGGGCUUGGGUGUCCUCUGGCGGCGCCUGGAGCAGGUGAACCGUUCGCCACCCCCAGUGCCGAGCCCUCUCGUGUUUUCGCCUGGCCCGGGUGCUCGCAGCCAUGGGCCCAGGCCCCCGCUGCGCGCCCGGCGAUCCUGGCUGGAUGCUCGGAGCCCUGGCCUUGAUGGUGGCGGCUAGCGGCCGGUUCGCCUUCGCCUUCAACCUGGACACCCGAUUCCUGGUGGUGAAGGAGGCGGUGAACCCGGGUAGCCUUUUCGGCUACUCGGUCGCCCUCCAUCGGCAAACCGAGCGACAGCAGCGCUACCUGCUUCUGGCUGGUGCUCCCCGGGACCUCUCUGUGGCUGAUGGCUACACUAACCGGACUGGUGCUGUGUACCUGUGCCCCCUCACCGCCCUCAAGGACGAUUGUGAACGGAUGGACAUCUCCGAGAAAAGUGACCCCGACCAUCACAUCAUUGAGGACAUGUGGCUUGGGGUGACUGUGGCCAGCCAGGGCCCUGCAGGCAGAGUCCUGGUCUGUGCCCAUCGCUACACCCAGGUGCUAUGGUCUGGGAUGGAGGACCAGCGUCGUAUGGUGGGCAAGUGCUAUGUGCGAGGCAAUGACUUGCAGCUGGACCCGGGUGACGACUGGCAGACCUACCACAAUGAGAUGUGCAACAGCAACACUGACUACUUGCAGACGGGCAUGUGCCAGCUGGGCACCAGCGGUGGCUUCACACAGAACACUGUGUACUUCGGGGCCCCUGGCGCCUACAACUGGAAAGGAAACAGCUACAUGAUUCAGCGGAAGGACUGGGAUUUAUCCGAAUAUAGCUACAAGGGUUCAGAGGACCAAGGAAACCUCUAUAUUGGGUACACGGUGCAGGUAGGCAGUGCCGUCCUCCAUCCCACAUACAUCACUGUUGUGGCGGGUGCCCCACGGCACCAACAUAUGGGCGCUGUCUUCUUGCUGAGCCAAGAGUCAGGUGGAGACCUGAAGAGGAAGCAGGUGCUGGAGGGCACGCAGGUGGGCGCUUAUUUUGGCAGCGCCAUUGCUCUGGCAGACCUGAACAAUGAUGGAUGGCAGGACCUCCUGGUGGGUGCACCCUACUACUUUGAACGGAAAGAGGAGGUAGGGGGUGCCGUCUAUGUCUUCAUGAACCAGGCGGGCACGUCCUUCCCAGAUCAACCUUCCCUCCUGCUUCAUGGCCCCAGUCGCUCAGCCUUUGGCAUCUCUAUAGCCAGCAUCGGUGACAUCAACCAGGAUGGAUUCCAGGACAUCGCUGUGGGAGCUCCAUUUGAGGGCUUGGGCAAGGUGUACAUCUACCACAGCAGCUCCGGGGGACUCCUCAGGCAGCCCCAGCAGAUAGUCCACGGAGACAAACUAGGACUGCCUGGCUUGUCCACCUUUGGCUACUCUCUGAGUGGAAAGAUGGAUGUAGAUGACAACUCCUAUCCAGACCUGCUAGUAGGAAGCCUGUCAGACCACAUUGUGCUGCUGCGGGCCCGACCCGUCAUCAAUAUUCUCCAAAGGACCUUGGUGGCCAGGCCAGCUGUGUUGGACCCCUCGCUUUGUACACCUACCUCCUGUGUUCAGGUGGAGCUGUGCUUUGCUUACAACCAGAGUGCUGGGAACCCCAGCUACAGGCGGAACAUCACCCUGGCUUACACCCUGGAGGCCGACCGUGACCGCCGCCCACCCAGGCUCCGAUUUGCCCGCAGCCAGUCAGCUGUCUUCCAUGGUUUCUUCUCCAUGCCAGAGACGCAUUGCCAGACUCUAGAAUUACUGCUGAUGGACAAUGUCCGUGAUAAACUCCGUCCCAUCGUUAUUGCCAUGAACUACUCCUUACCUUUGCGCAUGCCCGAUCGCCUCAAGCUGGGGAUGCGGUCUCUGGAUGCCUACCCAGUUCUCAACCAGGCACAGGCUCUAGAGAACCACACUGAGGUCCACUUCCAGAAAGAGUGCGGGCCAGACAACAAGUGCGACAGCAACCUGCAGAUGCGAGCAGCCUUCGUGUCUGAGCAGCUGCAGCCUCUAAGCAGGCUCCAGUACAGCAGAGACACUAAGAAGCUGUUCUUGAGCAUCAAUGUGACCAACACGCCGAGCCGCGAGCGCGCUGGGGAAGAUGCCCAUGAGGCACUGCUCACCUUGGAGGUGCCACCUGCUCUGCUCCUGUCCUCAGUGCGCCCAUCUGGGACCUGCCAAGCUAAUGAGACCAUCCUGUGCGAGCUAGGAAACCCCUUCAAACGGAACCAGAGGAUGGAGCUGCUCAUUGCCUUUGAGGUCAUUGGAGUGACUCUGCACACAAGGGACCUUAAGGCACAGCUACAGCUAUCCACGUCAAGUCACCAGGACAACUUGCAGCCCAUGACCCUGAUUUUGCAGGUGGACUACACGCUCCAGGCCUCACUCAGCUUGAUGACACAUCGGCUGCAGAGCUUCUUUGGCGGGACAGUGAUGGGUGAGGCUGGCAUGAAAACUGUGGAGGAUGUGGGAAGUCCCCUGAAAUAUGAAUUCCAGGUGAGCCCAGUGGGAGAUGGGCUGGCGGCCUUGGGCACACUGGUCCUAGGUCUGGAGUGGCCCUAUGAAGUUACCAAUGGCAAGUGGCUGCUGUACCCCACGGAAAUCAUCAUCCAUAGCAAUGAGUCCUGGCCCUGCCAGCCACCUGGAAACCUUGUCAACCCUCUCAACCUUAUCCUCUCUGACCCUGGAGACAAGCCACAUUCUCCACAGCGCAGGCGGAGACAACUGGAUCCCGGGGGAGACCAGGGCUCCCCACCUGUCACGCUAGCUGCUGCCAAAAAAGCCAAAUCUGAGACUGUGUUGACCUGUGCCAGUGGCCGCGCCCGCUGUGUGUGGCUGGAGUGCCCCAUUCCCGACACCUCAAAUGUCACCAAUGUGACCGUGAAGGCACGGGUGUGGAACAGCACCUUCAUUGAGGACUACAGAGACUUUGACAGAGUCAGGGUAGAUGGCUGGGCCACUUUGUUCCUGCGAACCAGCAUCCCUACCAUCAACAUGGAGAACAAGACCACGUGGUUCUCAGUGGACAUUGACUCAGAGCUGGUGGAGGAGCUGCCCGCUGAGAUUGAGCUGUGGUUGGUGCUUGUGGCCGUGAGUGCCGGGCUGCUGCUGCUGGGGCUCAUCAUCAUCCUGCUGUGGAAGUGUGACUUCUUUAAGCCGACCCGCUACUACCGGAUCAUGCCCAAGUACCAUGCAGUGCGUAUCCGGGAGGAGGAGCGCUACCCGCCUCCGGGAAGCACCCUACCCACCAAGAAGCACUGGGUCACCAGCUGGCAGAUUCGGGACCGAUACUACUGACUCCCUCCCUGACAUCCCUCCCAGCGCUCCCUCCUUUCCUAUUUAUCAUAAAUUAUGACUCUGACAGUCCAAGGGGGCCACAUACUUGGCUGGCACCAGCAGGCUCAGGCAUGUGCCCCUCUUCAGUGCAGGCAUGUUUUCUGGGGCCCUAGACUCUUCUUCAAGACCUUGCAGUGUGGAGCACAGCACGGCCCUGCACACUGGACACACACACAGGGCCUGUGAAGAUACCAUGGAGGAUGCCAUGUCCAAGCCUCUAUCUGUGCCAAAACCAAGCCAAAGCGCCUCUACUGGGAGCCACGAGGAAAAGGUCCCUGAUGCGGUGACCUCUCUCUUCCACACCGAUCCCCCAUGAGCCAUUGUGCCUGGACGGACUUUAUUGUCCAGAAUAAAACUACUGACGACAAGGAGACAAUCAGCUGCAAGUCCUGGCACCCACUGGAGAGUAGGGCCACACCAGAGGGGAUGUUGUUGUGACCUGUAUGCUCAGACCCAAAAGCAAAGAACUAAAAAGCAAGUCCCCAGAAUGAGCUUUAUGAAUGGAUCUCCAAAACCUUGGCUAUAGGUGGAGUUGGCAAGAAACUAAGCCCAAAGGAACAAAGAGAAACCAUGGACAGCCUGGACAGACUGUGCUGGGGCUGACCUGGAGCAUGGUGGCAUCCUUCAGAGAGCAGGGUAUCAAUCCUGGCCCAGCAGACACUGGCAGGAUGCAGAGGACAUCCUUCUGACCCGUCCUGGCCUCCUCAUCCUGGGCAAGGCCUGGAAGACCCCACAAGACCACGUGGGGGUGUAAUACUUGAAUGUAAGGCAGGGGAGAGCCCAACCCCUGCCCCAGCUGGCCAGACUUACUCUGCUCUUUUGACCACAGAGAUGGUAUUCUGAGCUACCUGUGGCUUUCUGAGAAACCUCUCCAUGCCUCACCUGCUCCGCUAGGAACUGCAUCCCCAUUCCAGCAGUGGAGGCUGAUUCCCGGGUCCUCUCCCCGUCCCUACCCACAGGCAGGCCCACUCCCCAGCUCUGCCCCUUCACGGUACUAUAGCAGCUUCCUACCCUGUGCCUUCUUUGUGUAUGGGCUUCUCACUAAAAUAAAUAAACGGUUCCCAGUU